GUCACUCCAGGACUGCCUCGGUCACUACCCGUCCCGCCUGCAUACCAUCACCACCUGCCUGGAAGGGCCCGCUACCGGCAGCUGUUCUAAACGGGCCUAUCACCAACGGCCUCCAGAACGCCCCCUCCGCUUCUGCAGAGCUGCCGGCACCCGAGCAGCUAGUUCCCACGUUCCCUACGGCCAUGGAGGACUCCACCAAGACGCUCACGGACGAAGCAGAGGUCCCACCAACGCUUCCCCCUAGAAUCAGAGAAAGUCUAGGCCAGCCCAAAGCCACAGAAUGGGCCUUACCCGAGACCCAGGGAGAGGAGAGAGAGGGGAAGAGGACCGAGAGUAUGAGUGGUAGAAACUUAGUGCCUCUGAGAGAGUGUGUGGUAGCGGUACCAACAUCAAAAGAAGCAGCAUCCUCCGCCUCCACAGUGCCCCCUGUUGACAACAGCCAGGCUGUGGCAUUGCGACGCCCGGUCUCCCAGAACCAACUGCGUGUCAGUGAGGAGCUGUCUCUGCUGGGCUCUCACUGGGACAGUGUCCAGGGCAUGGUCCAGUCUGCCUGCAGCACUGCUGCCAGCCACUCUGGCCUCUCAGCCAACCUCUCGUCAGGCUUCUGUCGUGCCCUUCAGCCCACGGCCUACCAGAGCCGACGCCUGGCUGGCAAGCUACUGCGCACCCAGGGCAUGGCCGUGCCUAACGGGGGUUGGCAGUACGGCCGAAGGGAGAGGGAAGAGAGGGUUCGCUCCUCGGCUCCAGCCCCAGUCAGCUCCAGCCCUGUCAAGUCAGGGUCCAGCUGGCUCUCUGCAGUCAGAAGCAGCUCGGGCUACGCUGCCAUCAUGGGCCCAACCACCACCAGCUCACCCCCAACCUUUUCAACCUGCCAACUCCUCCCAGCCUCCCCCCAGCCCCACCCGGCCUACCUGGAUGAUGAUGGUCUGCCGGUGCCUGUGGACGCCGUGCAGCAGCGCCUCAGGCAGAUGGAGGCGGGGUAUAAACAGGAAGUGGAGGUGCUGAGAAGCCAGGUGCGACAGCUGCAGAUGAGGCUGGAGAGGAAACAGUACAGCACACCGCCCUCCGAGCCUGACGUCGACUACGAAGACGACAUUACUUGUCUGCGUGAGUCAGACGACAGUGAUGAGGAGGACAGUCUGUCAGACCACAGCGAGGACCGUUUCUCAGAGGGCAGCUGGGACAGAGUGGAGCAGAAGGACACAGAGGUCACGAGGUGGGUGCCUGAUCACAUGGCCUCUCAUUGUUUCAACUGUGACUGUGAAUUCUGGAUGGCCAAGAGACGUCAUCACUGCAGGAACUGUGGCAAUGUGUUCUGUAAAGACUGCUGCCACCUGAAGCUGCCCAUCCCAGACCAGCAGCUGUAUGACCCUGUGUUGGUGUGUAACGUCUGCUGUGACCUGCUGCUGGAGGCUAGGAACAGAGAGAUCCGCAGCCAGCAGCUCAAGAAGCCCAUCGCCACAGCCUCCAGCUGAGAGACCAGAGAGAGAGAGAGAGAGAGAGCCCUUUACUGAAUGGCUCAGUCUGGCCUGGCUCGGCUCGGUUCAGUUAGGACCUGGAUCAGCACCAUCUUGGGUCAGCUUUGGACAGAUAUGAGCCAAGUGCCCCAUUCCCACUAACAUGGUCUGGUCUUGGCUGUGGGGGGGGUGGGUGUGGGGGGUGAUGAGAAGGACUUGUUGCUCUGUGGGAGGGAGGCAAAGCUUGAGAAUGGAGAGAGGCCAUUGACUGCUGGGGAUGAGAGACACUGACUGGAGUAGAAGAGGGGAUGGUAGUGAAUGAAAUGUAGGAGGAAGAGGAGCAGAUGUUCUCCCACUGAGUUUAACCCCUUUUGGUCAAACACAUACAGCUUGGAAGGAAGGCUUCAGUGCCCUGUCCUCACCUGCCCUGUUCUGUUCUGUCCUGCCCUGCCCUGUCCUCACCUGCCCUGUCCUGCCCUGUCCUCACCUGCCCUGUUCUGUCCUGCCCUGUCCUCACCUGCCC